AUUCUGAUAUAAUAUAUUGUAGAUGCAGCAAUCUUACAUGAGAGCAGUGAAUCCAUUCCAAGUGAAGAUGAAAAUCAUCAUUCAAGCAAAUCAAGUUUUUUUGACAAACAUUUCCUUAAGUCUCUGCCGGUAGCAAUAUUAUCUAGAAGAAAGUUAUUUGGUUCACACUCUGAUCUUGCCUUAUCUCCAACUCAUGGCCCUGUUCGUCCUCCACAUUCCGUCCCCAACAAUUCAACAACAAACUCGAACAUACACUCCCAUAGAAAAGUUGAUCGAAUUUCUUGCAAGGCUCAAAGAAUCAACACAAAACAGAUGAUUUGGAGCGUGUGGGUCACAGAUAUCUCAUCAUGGAAGGAAGUUGAUUUGCCUCAUUCCUCCACUGCUGCUCUGUUGAUCCACACUUUGCUUACAAAACUAAAGCGCAAAAUUGAUUUAUCAUCCUGGUCUAUUAUAGAACAGAAUAGUGACUCAAUGAUAGAGAGAUACGUUGAAGAUUAUGAAAUUAUUGAUGAAAUCUGGAAAAACCAAGAAUCUGAUAGUAUUUCAAGAUUUUGUUUGAAUAAGACUCCAUCCAAGUACACUAUAUUGCUUAGCCCUGAUCUUUGUCUUCCAAAUGGAAUGCUUACUUUUCCUGGCAAUUCAUCAGAAGAGUGUCCAAGCACAGUUCGUAGAUUACAGAUGCAACACAUAUUAACUAAAACUGCACUUGAGUUAUGUGGUUGGUUGCAUGUACGUGAGGUUGGUCACAGAACAUGGAAGAAACUUUAUUGUGUUCUGCGGAAUUCAGGCCUUUAUUACAGUAACAAAACCACAAGCAAGGAACCACAGCACUUGGUAUCUAUUGCUGAAGUACAUUCUGCUCAAGUGUGGUUUCCCAUUAACAAUAAAAAACCAACCAGUAGUGCUCCUUAUCCGCAUUGCUUCUGUCUCAAGCCUCGCAAGUUUAAGAAUGGAUCAAUCAUUAGAUGGUUUUGUGUUGAAUCAACCCACACCAUGUCAGCAUGGAUAAGCGGACUAAGACUUACUAUGAAUGGAAGUCGGUUUUAUGAAUCUUACCUGAGUGCACGAAGACAAUCUCAAUCUAAUCUUGUUCGAAGUUCAAGUGAUCGAACAAUUAAUAGGCACGACUUUGCUGCGAUGGAUUUCCGUGGUGAAACGGGAAGAGUAAUUCAUGAUCCAAAAGAAGUUGCAAUGUUGGAGUUGGAACAACAAUCAUCAUGGCGACGUCGAUUAAUCAAUCGAACCAUCACUGGACAAGCCUCCGAUCGAAACAUUGUUGGAAGUUCUGCACCGACCAAGCAAGUUGCAUUCUUUGCGCGAGCUAUUCAUCAAACACAAACAUGGUUCUAUGGGAAAAUAACAAGAGAAGAAGCAACAGAGGAAUUACAUAGGAAUGGAAAUGUUGACGGACUUUUUCUGGUACGUGACAGUCACACAAUUCCUGGUGGUAUCGUUGUUACUUUGUGCCACAACCAAAAAUCUAGACACAUACCCAUUACACAGAUUGAGCGAAACGGACAGAACUUUUACACUGCUGACAACGGCGAGACUCGCUUUGUGGAUAUGAUCCAGUUGGUUGAUUUUCACCGAUUAAACAAAGGGUCACUCCCAUGUUUGCUACUUCAUGAGUGUUCACAUAGUCAAAUGUCAUAGGUGCUUAAAACUUGUAUGCAACAGAUGCUCAGGAACUUUUGCAUCAGGAUAUUCAUUAUAAGUCUCUUUUUACUUUAUUCGUUAUACCUUGAGAUCAAGUAUUAAACAUAUCAAUUUUUUGAACAUUAUUAUUUGAUUUACAGACUUUCCAAUCACUUUAUGGGUAUAAGUGCGGUGCUAUUUUUGUUUUAUUAUUGGUGUUGUAUUUUGCGAGUCAUUUAUAAAUGAAAUACUGCCUUAUUUAUUCAGUACAAGCAAUCCACUGUUUUCCUUCUGUCAACAGUAGUGAUUUUAUAAUUGUAACUUUUAUUCAGAGCCUUUCACUUUUCCUAAUGUGUUGAAACCAAUUUAAAUUGUGAUUUAAAGUUCGAUGAGUGUUUUGUUA